AUGGAUCCCGAGGAAGCAUUUCUAACUCAACGGAAUCUAGUCGUGGAAACAUUAAAGCAACUCGAUGACAUGGCCAACUCCAAUAAGGCAGCAGAACGUGGCAAUGAGACCAAAACCCAGGAGAAGGACAUUUCAGCGGGUGUAACAGAUGACAAUUACUUGGUGUUUGCACGCGUACUUCGGCAACAAAAAUCGUCUGCUCGUAACACACUCAAAAAGAUGAUGAAGUCCGGGAAUGUGAAUUUAAUGCCGUUUAUGCGACAGAUUGAUAUGACUCGCCAGGAGCGCAUCAAAGCGCAUGAGGAGCGGCAGAUCGCUGCAGAGAAUUUUCGCAGAUUAGGCAAUGAAGAGUUCCGCAAGGGCAACUACGACAAGUCCAUUUAUUUUUACUCCAAGGGUCUGCAAUAUGUGACGGAUACGCCUGUGCUCUAUUGCAAUCGAGCCUUGGCAAAGAUUAAGAAAAGGGAAUUCAAGUCAGCUCUGCUAGAUCUCGAUAUGGUGGUUUUUAAGCUGGAUCCUGGUAAUAUGAGGGGCUGGCUUUAUAGAGCUGGAGCGCUGGCACGCAUCAACAAUGAACCCGAGUCCCAGGUGGCCAUACGCAAUGCGUUUAUUUUCAACAGAAAUCCCAAGGAUCAGCGCUACAUUCAAAUGUUUGUGGAAAAAAUGCGCACCGAAUUUUAGAACAAUUCAUUUUGUUCGUUUAGUUUAUUUUAAUUUGUA